CUGGUGGAGACGAUACCAAAACUAUUCAUGCUAUUCAAAAAUUUUGUUUAUUAUAGUUCAUCGUUAUUAAUGGAAUUUAGGGAUUCGUGUCAAUGCUGUCUGCUGCGGCCUGCGGACAAAAAAUUGAAGAUGCCAUAUACAUGCCUCGGAAAAACUGAGAUAUACACAGAGAUGCUCAAAAACUGCUUUGAAAUACAUCUAACACUGUACAGUGAUGAUCAGUGUGGGAUCUGCGAGGUGUGCGUGGGGCGGCUGCGGGACGCGAGCGACUUCAAGCUGCAAGUGCAGCGCUGCCAGGCCGAGCUGCACGCGCGGCUCAAGGAAGCUCUACAUGUGAAAGGUGAAAUACCUUUCGUGAAAUCAGAAGAGUCGGAUGACGGGGAAGAAGCCGAGCCACUCAUACUCACAAAAAUAGAAGUAGAAUACAAUAAGCCAGAGACAAAAUUUGCGAAAGAGAAAAAACUAGCAAAAGAAGAGUUGGUCAGCAGCGAUGAAGCGCUGUACGCGAGCCCGCUGUGUCCCGCCACAUCACACCGCGAGCCGAGCCCCGCCAGCAGUGUGCAGGACGUGACGUCACACCGCGAGCCGAGCCCCGCCAGCAGUGUGCAGGACGUGACGUCACACCGCGAGCCGAGCCCCGCCAGCAGUGUGCAGGACGUGACGUCACACCGCGAGCCGAGCCCCGCCAGCAGUGUGCAGGACGUGACGUCACACCGCGAGUCGAGCCCCGCGAGCAGUGUGCAGGACGCGCCUGCUCACACACCCGCCCCCAGCGACGACCGACAACCCUACACCUGCGACACUUGCCAGAAACAGUUUGGAAAGAGAAUAAAUUUAAUCAACCACAUGAAAAUUCAUAACAAAGGCAAGAUUUACUCGUGUGAAGUUUGUAAUAGUGAGUUCAUACGUUUUAAGCAAUUAGUCGCCCACAAACGUGUCCACAAUGGAGAAAAACCUUUCAGCUGUGAAAUAUGUAACAAGCGAUUUAGGGAGACGUCGUCUUUAAUAGUUCAUAAUAGGAUUCACACUGGAGAGAAACCUUUCGGCUGCGAAAUAUGCAACAAAAGGUUUACGCAAAAGAGAUGUUUACUUAGUCAUAACUUAACGCAUGCGGCUGACGCGACUAAGGCUUACACCUGUAGCGUAUGUAACAAGGGAUUUACACAAAAAGGCAACUUAGUAGCGCACACACGUGUACAUACUCGUGAAAAACCAUUCCAUUGUGAAAUAUGCAAAAAACAGUUUGGCCAACAAUCUUCUCUUAUUCAUCACAUGCGAACUCACGCGGGAGGGAAAUUGGGCAGAAACUACAAGUACGUUUGCAAACUCUGCAACAAGAAUUUUAAAUCAUUGUUCACCUUUAGCUGCCACGAACGUAUUCACAAUGGCGAGAAACCUUAUACAUGUGAAGUAUGCAACAAGCAAUUUACUCGCAAGUAUCACCUAGAUAGGCAUAAAUGGCUCCACUGUGGGAUUAAACAGUUCUGUUGCGAAAUUUGCGGAAAACUAUUUGCAGAGAGAUCCAGUUUAAAUGCGCAUACAGUGCUUCACUCAGGCUCUGCGCCGGCGCGCCGCCGUCGUCGCCGACCGAAGUGCAGUCGGCGGGACGCGCAGGUGACACAGACUACCGAUGAUCGUCCGUCUUUAUCGUCAGAUCAGUUGGUCAUUUUACUACCGACCAAGCAACGCGCGCCGCCGAACGAAAUGCCCUCCGCGUGA